AUGGAAUCUAUGCAUCAAACAUUACAGCAAAAUUUGCAAAUAACCAUCGAGGACCUCCCCGAUGAAGUACUAGAAUUUAUAUUAAGCUUUUUACCACCUUAUAAGGAUUUACAAAAUUGUAUGAACGUCUGCAAAAGGUGGUGUAAUUGUGCUCAAAAUGUUCUACAUAAAACGUCCAUAAAAUUGAUGAAAGCUGUUGGUGAAUUUAAUAUACUAUGGAAAAAUAUUACAGCAACAGAUAUUGUACCUACUAUAACAAAAAGAUUUUCUCAUGCAGCAUGUAUUCUCGAAAAUAAUAUGUAUAUUUUUGGGGGCUGUACUACAAAUGCAACUUCUUUUAAUGAUUUGUGGAGAUUUGAUUUGUCUAAAAGGCAAUGGAUAAGACCACUAGCUACAGGGACAUAUCCUGUUCCAAAAGCUUAUACAACAAUGGUUGAUUAUAAAGAUUGCUUAAUUGUUUUUGGUGGCUGGACCUAUCCUUCACUAUCUCAAUAUUAUCAGAAUGUCACAAUGUUUAAUGACAUCCACUUUUACUGUGUGAAAAGUAAUAAAUGGAUAUUAAUUAAUGCAACAAAUCCUCCUCCUCCAAUGGCAGGACAUUCUGCGUGUAUAAAAGAUGACGAAAUGAUAGUAUUUGGUGGUUUAAUUAUGUCAGCUGCCCACAAUUUUCAAAUACAGUGUUCAAAUGAUGUGUGGGUGUUAAAUAUUUCAACAUUUGUUUGGAGGAAACAAUCAACUACUAAACCCAGGCCAUCUCCACGCUAUGCUCAGUCAUUGAUUAAAUUAGAUGAUGAUAGACUUAUGUUGCUAGGUGGUGUACAAACAUUACAAAACCGCUUUGUUUAUAGCGACUGUUGGAUACUUACUAUGAAAGGUCCAACAUGGACAUGGAAAGAAAUAGCUGUUAAAAAUAAAGAAUGGGCUUCUGCCAAUAUAUGGUGUAACCCUGCUUGUCGAGUCGGAGACAAAGUUGUAAGUUUGAGUAGAAGUAGAAAUGGCUGGAAUAGUCCUAAACCAUUAGUAACAUCGGCUGUAAGAUUAUCAAACCUCAAUAGAGAAGGGCCCCCAGUGUCUGUCAGAGUUGAACAAAGCUUACAAAGGCCGUUGGAUAGAGACCAAAAUAUUAAUGGGAGACGUGGAGUGUUACCAAGGCAAAGAAUUCUAUUUAAUGAACCAGUAGCUGGACCAAGUAAUGAGAAUGAACAAGUUCGAAAUCUUAUCUCAAAUAAUGUAAACAUUAAUCAAGAAGGUAACAUUGCUAGUACAAGUGGAGAAGGAAGGCAAAAUAAUGCUUUUGACAUGUCCAAGAAAGAAUCCGCUCUGAGAAGAAAUAAAAAUAAGAAUAAGGGAAUGAAGAUAGUCAGGCAGUUGCAAGAGGCUAAUAAAUAUAGAAUGGCUGCCUUUGCUUGUGAUUCAACAGGAAACAAUGCAGCACCAGAAAAUGAUCUUAUCAAUCAAAGGCAAAUAGCUCACUUAGAAAAUAGGAUAGAACCUCCUGCGGACAAUCCACAACAGAGACCACCAGCUGUAAAGAAAAUCAAAAGAAAUACUCUAGCCAUGCAUGUUUUAGAUAUUUCUACGGUUGUGGAUGGAAAUUCUUUAAAUUUUGUGUCAUGGUUAUGUCCCCGCCUUGGUGAAAUGCAUGGUGCACCUGAAGAAUUGGUCAUGUAUUCUUUAGUAAAGGGUAAUGGCGAGUUGAUAAUGUUUGGUGGUGUACAUAAUGAUAUAAGUAUUUUAAACUAUUCUGAACAACAAAAUAUGUACUCUAAUUCCUUACACUUUAUUGCACCACCAAGAGAUAUCAUUUAAAUUAUGAGCAAAAAAAAAUUGGUUGUCUGUAAAGUUGGUAUACGGACGAUAGUUUAAUGUGACAAUGUCAUAACAAAAUAUCUCGGACACAUAGGCCAAUCAAUGGAAGAGAGUCAGAUACAGGAAAGCGUACAAUGGGCGCAAUGGGACAAUGAGUCAACCUUUUUCCUGCAUGCGGCCGGUAUUCAUCGAUUUAAUAGAUGUUGUCACGUCAAAAAGCAUAAAAAGGCUUUAAAUUGAAGAUUACCAUACCCAUUUUGCUUUGUGUUGUGAUUAUAACUAAGGCAUGCACAUUUUUUAUUUACAUUGCAGCAAUG